GUGAGCUGCUGCUAUCUGCUAGUAGAUCCGUGAGGUCUCCAGAGGUGCGAAAUGUGAUAUAUGUUUGUGGACGGUCCUGUGAUUUUGAGUGCUAGAAUCAGAUUUGCGAUGAACUGGAUGGAUGUGAUUUUUCUCCUUUUGCUGACCACAAACCCGAUAGGAGUAAGAGGCUAUGAAGGCUGCUCCUCUGCCUACGGCAGCAAACCUUGCAGUUUCGUACCAGCCCCCCCUGGAAAAACACCCCCUUGUGCAAGGCCAGGGCUGACUUUCUGCGAACACCCCGACCAUUACCCUCAACAGCUGAUCAACUACCUGAUCCAGAAAUGGCGGUUCGACCACUCCACCCUCAUAGCCUCCGAGUCCCGCGAGGAGUUCUCCUCCUACCUCCGGCCAACCCCCUCGCCCGUCUACGGCCCCCCCAACUACCACAGCUACGGCCCCCCCAAUCACCAUAGCUACGGCCCGCCCACCUACCAAGGCUCAGGACAGGGCCUCCCUGAUCCCAUCCACAUUUACCACGGCUCGGGGCAGGACGCGCGGGACCUCCCUGAGCCAAUCCACAUUCCGAAGCCGCCCUUCCCCUUCCAUGACGGUGGGAAGGCCUAUGUGCCGCCCAAGGCGUAUCCCCUCCUGCGCAACUUCACCGAGGGGAGUGGGGGGCAGUACGACUUGCGGUAUCCGGAUAGUUUGUCGGCGUACAGUGAGCGGUACCAGCCUCAGGGUUAUUUCACGCCUUCGGAUGCCCAGUAUAACCCGUACAUUGGUGAUGUUUGGAAACGAAUUGAAAGCAACUACCAAAGACUCAGAAGAUCGCUGAAGCACCAGCGAAAGCGGCGCAGUUUUCAGCGAAUAACUGAAGAAAGUAAACAUUCAAACAGUACCCUUCAACGAUCGAAAAGACAGGCGACGAUACCGUCGUUGUGCAGGGUCAGGUCUCAGUUUAUCAUGCCCAGGGCGGCCCUCAACAAUAAGGGCAAUUGGAUGUACGUCGUCAAUAUGCCCGAAGUUGACAGCAGCUAUACGCAGCUAGUCAAAAGUGAAGUUUGCGCAUCUCAAACUUGCAAUGGUAUUUGCAGCCUCCCAGAAGGAUACUCUUCAAGAUGCGAACAAAAAUACGUGCAAAAAAGGCUCGUUGCCUUAGAAGCAGGAGGUAAUCAACUUUAUAAUGAUGUUUUUUGGUUUCCCAGCUGUUGCAUUUGCGCCAUAUCCAGAAAUUAAAAAGAACCUAGGUAAUUUUCAAGUCAAACAAAAUUUUGAAUAGUGGGAGCUUGUGAUCGAUUUAUUAUUUAUUUUCCUUCAUUAUUAUCAGCUUGAAUCAUCGUGGUAUACAUGCAUUUUUCCGAUUACUCGACUUCAUUUCACGAAUAUUAGCUUUUAUUUUUUCAUACGCUUUCCCUCCGAAUUGCUCAUCUGGUUAAAAAUGAUUUUUGAAAAAUAUAC